AUGGCUCCAGAACGUUACCCCUCCGAAAGCUCUGAUGCUACCCCCUUGGGCAAGCCCCUCACCUUCGAAUUCUCCGGAAGGACGGCUCCCAACCGCUUCCUCAAGGCUGCCAUGACCGAGCGUCUCUCAUCGUGGGACCCCAAGGACCUCAAGGCUCGAGGUAUCCCCUCCAAGAACCUCGUCAACCUCUACAAGCGAUGGGGCGAGGGCGGCUGGGGCCAGAUCCUGUCCGGCAACAUCAUGAUUGACUACGACCAGUUGGAAGGUCCAGGUAACCCAAUCGUGCCCCGCGAGGCUGGCUUCGAGGGCCCACGAUUCGAGGCCUUCAAGGCGAUGGCCACCGCUGCCAAGGCCCAUGGUAGUCUGUUUGUUGGCCAGGUCAGCCACCCCGGUCGCCAGGUUGAGGACAGGAUCCAGAAGAACCCCGUGUCUGCUUCAGAUGUGCAGCUUGCAGGCAACGUCAUGGGCAUGACAUUCGCCAAACCCCACGCUGCGACCCAGGAGGAGAUCAACGGCAUUAUCGACGGGUUCGCCCACGCUGCCGAAUACCUUGAGAAGGCUGGCUUCGACGGCAUUGAGUUGCACGGUGCUCACGGAUACCUGCUCGCGCAAUUCCUCUCCCUGACAACCAACAAGCGAACCGACAAGUACGGUGGCUCCCUCGAGAACCGUCUCCGCAUCAUCGUCGAGAUCGCAGAGGAGUGCCGAAAGCGGGUCAAGAAGGACUUCAUAAUUGGUAUCAAGGUCAACUCGGUGGAAUUCCAAGAGAAGGGUUUCACUCCCGAAGAAGCGAAGAGCCUCUGCUCCGCGUUAGAAGCUGCCAAGUUUGACUACGUUGAACUGUCAGGAGGAACCUACGAAUCUCUGGCAUUCAAGCACAAGCGCGAGUCCACCAAGAAGCGCGAAGCCUUCUUCCUCGAUUUCGCAGAGGAGAUUGUCAAGCCUCUUACCAAGACAAAGGCCUACAUCACCGGCGGUUUCAAGACCGUGGGCGCCAUGGUCAAGGCCCUCGACACUGUCGAUGGCUGUGGUCUCGGUCGCCCUGCCGCUCAAGAACCCCACCUCCCCAGAGAUAUGCUUGAGGGCAAGGUGACUGGCGCUAUCCACAUCAAGCUCGACGAGAAUGAUUUCGGCUUGGUGAACGUGGCAGCCGGCACACAGAUGAGACAGGUGGGCAAGGACCACGAGCCCAUCGAUCUCAGCGACGAGAAGAACGUGGAAGUCUUCCUGAAGGAUAUGCAAGCUUGGGGAGCGAAGCUGGCCGCCGACAAGGAGAUGAAGGAGUACGGAUACAUAGAUUUGACUGCUGCUAGCCGGCCUUACGUGCAAUGA